AUGUUUAUAUUAGGUACAGAUGGACAAAGAAUGGAAAGGUACAGAUGGACAAAGAAUGGAAAGUUAUUUGACCUAAGUCGACAUAAGGGUCGCAUAUUUAUGCAAUCUGAUUCUGGUACACUUCUGAUGAAAAGAACGAAACGGAAAGAUGGGGGAGUAUACCAGUGCGAGGCUUGGAAUAUUGAGGGUGUAUCACUGUCAGACAAAAUAACAGUGAAGAAAACCAAACUCGAAGAAUUUCUUUACACAAAAGACAAAACCCUUAAAGUCAGACGUGGAAACUCAGUAAAACUUUCAUGUUUAGUUCCUCACAGUAUGCCUAAAGCAAACAUAUCAUGGGUCCUAUGGAGUCUAGUCGAUGCAUCAGUCACAGAAGUUAACUUUGACGAUCGAAGGGUUACUCAAGACCUAGAAGGAAAUCUCUAUAUCACAAACGUGAAAGACGAAGAUUAUCAAAAUGGAAGAUUGUAUGUUUGUAUGGCAAGUAAUGACGUGGAUGGGCAUACGACGUUUUCUAACGGAACAGACAUUAAACCAACUGGAAAGAAAGAUGCUAACACAUUUGUAAGACCUCAUCUAUUGUGGGCAUCACCGGAAGAAACUAUAGGAAUUAUGGGAGAUUCUCUGAAGCUUAAAUGUAUAUUCGGAGGAAAUCCAUCUCCAAGCAUACAGUGGUCAUUUGUCAACAAUUCUAAUGAUUUUUUGGUGAAAGACAAACCAGGAUUGAGCACUGAUGGUCAAGAAUUGAGCUUUUAUCGAUUACAGUUGACAGAUAGAGGAAAAUAUACUUGCUAUGCAGAGGAUCCCACUGGCUACAGAAUCGAACACGUGAUAAACCUUAUUGUCAAAGCAAGGCCGUUUUGGCUUGAGGGAGGUCAGCCUAGUGAUAUUCAUGUGGUAAGAAGAGAAGGAACAGUUGCUACUUUUGUAUGUAAAGCAGGAGGAAUUCCUACUCCGGAAGUAAACUGGUAUAUAAACGGUGUAUCACUUAAAGAAUCUAACAUCUCAGCAAUGGCAGAAAAUAGAUUCCAGAAUCCAAAUGUUUGCACCAUCACUAUUACUGACAUUAGAUUUACCGACGCUAUGGUUCUGCAGUGUAAUGCUUCAAAUAGCUAUGGUUACUUGUUCUCAGAUUUCUAUCUAAACGUCUUUGGUAAGCUGUUAUAA